UCUUACUUUCUCGACUGACUGCAGCGACGCUCUUCGCCACAGCCAGCCCCUCUCUCUGAAAUUCAUCUUUUGUGUAUACUUAGAAAAGGUUCUGACGUCUGACCGUUGACAACUUAUCACUACCCGUCAUGUUGGCCGCACUCGCGCUUUCAUUAUUGGCCACCGAGGCUCAUGCCCAUGCGGGAUGUGGAGGACACGAGAUUGGCAGGAGAAAUUUGGGUCUCAUGAAUCCUCGACAGGCUGCCCCCACAAAUGUGGCCAGCGGUGCCGUGUCGAUUGACCCCGCAUUCGAGUGUACCGACUACUACUAUGAACCCGCCUCGAAACUCGUCCCUUUGUAUCCACCCGUUUGGCCAGAGAACAACGUGACUGGAGCACAAGAAUGUGCCGAUAUUUUACCUAAUGACACCGAGGCGAUGGCUCUGUUUCAGCCGAUCAACGCCACCUUGAAUGCCAAAUUCCCAAAUGAUCGUCCACAUGGAACCCUCUUAGGAGACUUUGCCGGUGUCCAGUACAACUAUACCGAUCCCGAUUGCUGGUGGUCUUGGGCCAAGUGCGACACUCCCAAAGCCGACACCGGUCUACAACCUGAUAUCACCACGGUUCCGACACCGGAAACCUGGGGUCUCGGAUUUGACGAUGGACCCAACUGCAGUCACAAUGCGCUCUAUGACUAUCUUCAGGAGAACAAUCAGAGGGCGACCAUGUUCUACAUUGGCUCAAACGUGCUAGACUGGCCCCUGCAGGCUCUGCGAGCCACCACAGACGGUCAUCAGAUUUGCGUUCACACCUGGUCGCACAAAUACAUGACGGCUUUGACCAACUCCCAAGCGUUUGCCGAACUUUACUACGCUCGAAAAGUCAUCAAAGACCUUCUUGGAGUCACCCCUCAGUGCUGGCGACCACCAUACGGUGAUGUCGACAACCGAAUCCGUUACAUAGCUUCUCAGCUCAACUUGACGACCAUUGUCUGGUCCGAUGAUUCUCAAGACUGGCGAGAGGGCGUUCCGGCCGACAAUGUCACUGCUGCCGACGUGACGCUCAACUACCAAGCAGUCGUGGACAAGGUCUCCAACGGGACAUACAUCAACCACGGUCCCGUCGUUCUGACACACGAACUGACCAACUUUACCAUGUCCGAGUUCAUCUCCCAGUACCCAUCCAUCAAGAAUGCUUUCAAGCACGUCGCCCCUCUUUGUGUGGCUUACAAUAUUACACACCCCUAUGUCGAGACAGAUAUCGUUUGUCCAAGCUUUUCCCAGUACAUUUCCGGAACCAUCAACAUUUCCUCGUCAACCCCCAUGGAUUCAUCGUCGUCAUCCUCAUCAGGAACCACCUCCAUGUCCGGCUCGAUGACUGGAUCCAUGACUGGUUCUGCGACCUCAUCUGGGACUUCCGCUUCAGCGACAUCAAAGAGUGACACGAAGACAGGAUCAGCAACACCAGCCAUGAAAUCUUCCUUCGGCCUCGGUGCCAGUUUACUUGGCGCCAUGGUUGCUGGACUCUUGUUGGCAUGAUAACGUCGCAUUUUUAGUCCCGUUCGUAGAGUCAUGUAGCUCCCCCAUGGACAAUGUAUCUGCCGACGCGCGGUGCUUGGG